GCCAAUCUGACAACCAGGAAGGUGUGAAGCUGAUGUCAUCAGCAGCAGCAGGUAACAGCCUCCACCCUGCAAAAGUUUGGCAAAGUUUGAGCAGCAGAGACGUACGGUCAGCCCUCGGCUCACCUGGACAGUGCAACCAUGAGGUGGCGCUCUCCUUCUCUCCCUCUCCUCCUCCUCUUCGCCUGUUUCCUCGUCCCCAUAGUCUGCAAAGUGACGAAACCAGAGUUCAGGAUCUGUGCAUACAAUCUGCAGAGAUUUAACGCCAUGAAAGCAUCGAACUACAGAGUGAAGCACGCUCUGAUACGGAUUCUGUCCCGCUGUGACAUCAGCCUCCUACAGGAAGUGAUGGAUCCUGAAGGUAAAGCCAUCAAAGCUCUGCUGGCGGCCCUCAACAGGUACAGUGAAAGGGAAACUGACAGGUAUGAGAACUACCACUAUAAGUCCGUGGCCAGUAAGAGUCUGGGAACCAAGCCUGACAACAUGCAGCAGUACGUCUUCAUCUACAGGACGGAGACGGUGAGCGUGCUCAGUCAGCAUCAGUACCAGAAGAAACAAUCCUUCGCCAGAGAGCCGUUCGCUGUUUUUUUCCAGAGCCAGAAGACGGCGAUCAAGAAGUUUAUCCUGGUUCCUCUGCACACGGAGCCCAAACAGGCGGUGCGCGAGGUGGACCGGCUCUACGACGUCUUCACGGAAGUGAGCAAGAAGUGGGACAACAAGAACGUGAUGUUCCUGGGAGAUUUCCACGCCGGCUGCGCCCACAUGACCAAGCAUGACAAGAAGAAGAUCCGACUGUUCCAGACCAAGUUCUCCUGGCUGAUCUCGGACAAAGUGGACACGACCGUCACCGAGGACACCAGCUGUGCUUACGACAGGAUCGUGGUGCACGGGGAACCCUUCCUGAAGGGGAUCAUUCCGUACUCUGCAAAAGUCUUCAACUUUGGGAAAGAGUUCAAACUCCCCCGAUCCAAGGUAAUGGAAGUUAGCGAUCACUUCCCUGUGGAAGUGAGACUAAAGAGCUCCGCCCUCCUCCUACAGGCCACGCCCCUACUGAUCCUCCUCAGCAUCUGCAUGGUUGUCCAAUCCUUUGUACCGUCUCUGUGAUCGUCUGGUAGAGUCUGCUCACCUGCACGCCAGCUCUCUUAUUGAUCACGUUUAAACAGGAGUGGUAAAAUACUUGAAUCAGUAGAGGAUUGUUUGAUCCUAUUAGAAACUUUGUCUGACUUGAAAUUGGCGCCCCCUGGUGGACAACUCCUUUCUUUUUUGUUAAAUUUGUUGUUCUACAUAUGCAAGGUAUGUCUUCUACCCGAAAAAUUCUCAUCUAAGUCAGAAAAACAUAGUUAAAGUCAACCCUAAACUUAAAGAAUCCCUCCUUUAUCAGAUGUUCUUGAUGUAAAUACUGUAGAUUCAUUUAAAUGAACAUUUUUUAACCACUGUUGGAGCAGGUUAGCUAUUAUGGUCUGUUUGUUUCUGUUCCUUCUGUACAGAGAGUGGUGUAAAUAUUUGGAAUAUGCCAGAAGAAUGUAUUAAAAAUGCGUUUUUGGUGUUUUAUAUGUUUUAAAAUUUCAGUAAAGUUUUCUAUGUUAAAAUAAA